AUGGCUGAUUUUUGGAAGUUUGUCACCAGGGACAUCUCCACUGCGCAUGAAGUCAAUGGCUAUCAAAUCCCAGUUUCUCACAUAGAAGGCUGUGUGGAUCAUAACAAAGUACUGGAGACAUUGCAGUGGACAGGACUCCUGGAGCACGCCUUUGUGCUCGUGCAGACCCUGUACGCAGACCGACAGGCAGUGGCUCAGGCUGAACAAGAGGACACUGUGAUUGAAACAUCAGAAGGGGUCCACACCUUACUGCUGGCCUGCUGCUGUGGCCCUGCCGGCUGCUCCUUAUGCUGUGGCUGCUGCCCCAAGAUCCGACAGUCCCGUGGCACCCGCUUCAUGUACGCCCUCUACUUCAUCCUCGUUGCUGUUUUGUGCUGCAUCAUGAUGUCUGAAACCGUGUUCAAAAUGAUGAGAGAGCAUAUCCCUUUCUUUGAAGAGAUUUGCAAAGGCAUUCAGGCUGGUGACUCCUGUGAGAAGCUGGUCGGGUACUCGGCCGUGUACAGAGUCUGUUUUGGAAUGGCGUGCUUCUUCUUUUUCUUCGCCCUCCUGACCCUCAAAGUCAAGAACAGCAAAAGCUGCCGAGCUCAUAUUCACAAUGGCUUUUGGUUCUUCAAACUGCUGCUGUUGGUGGCCAUGUGCUCAGGAGCCUUCUUCAUUCCUGAUCAGGAGUCCUUUCUGAAUGCCUGGCGCUAUGUGGGAGCCACGGGAGCCUUCAUCUUCUUAGGCAUCCAGCUGAUGCUGAUCGUGGAGUUUGCACAUAAAUGGAACAAGAACUGGACUGCGGGAACAGCGACUAACAAGCUGUGGUACGCCUCUCUGUCCCUGGUGACACUCAUCAUGUACUCCAUCGCCACCGGCGGCUUGAUUUUGAUGGCGGUGUUUUACACACAGAGAGAAGGCUGCAUGGGAAACAAAAUCCUCCUGGGCAUAAAUGGAGGUUUGUGCCUGCUUAUUUCAUUGAUGGCCAUCUCACCAUGCGUCCAAAACCGCCAGCCGCACUCGGGACUCCUGCAGUCAGGGCUCAUAAGCUGCUAUGUCACCUACCUCACUUUCUCAGCUCUGACCAGCAAACCUGUAGAGUUCGAUCUGGAUGAACAUGGGAAGAACGUCACAAUCUGUGUGCCUAACUUUGGCCAGGACCUGUACAGAGAGAGGGACUUGGUAACUGCACUAGGUACCACCCUCCUGAUUGGGUGUAUCCUCUAUUCCUGCUUGACCUCCACAACAAGAUCCAGCUCUGACGCUCUGCAGGGCCGGUACGGGGCCCCUGAACUAGAGGUAGCUCGGUGUUGCUUCUGCCUGGGUCCUAAAGGAGAGGAUUCAGAAGAUCAGCAGACUCUGAAAGAAGGGUCUCGGGUCAUUUAUGACGAGAAGAAAGGCACCGCCUAUCUCUACUCCUAUUUCCACUUCAUGUUCUUCUUGGCUUCCCUCUAUAUGAUGAUGACCGUCACCAGCUGGUUCAACUAUGAAAGUGCCAAGAUCGAAACCUUUUUCCACGAGAGCUGGUCCAUCUUCUGGGUGAAGAUGGCCUCCUGCUGGAUGUGUGUGCUGCUCUACUUGGGCACGCUCCUCGCUCCCCUCUGCUGCCCCACGCGGCAGUUUUCCGUGUGACCAUCUCAGCAAAACCCUGCGUCUGGCACCAGCUGCAGCCCGGAGUGAUGUCCUCUGAGCCAGUGUCCCCAUGCUUACAGAGUGACCACUGCCCGCUGAAAAGCUGACCACCCCAGACUGACCAAGAAGCUUCCAGGAAACAAAACGAAGCAACAACUUUAGAUUAGCUGUUCAAUUAUGGAAUUGGGAAAGAAGCUACCCGUUUCUCCCAAGGGAAUUUAGACCAAAGGGAUUGUGCCCGUCAUCUCCCCCAGAGAGUGGGAUCGGAGUUAGGGUACUGUUCUCUGUGAAUGUUUCGGGCACAACACCCCCUCACAAGGAAAGACACCUUUGUUUGCAGCUUCUCCUUUCUCAUCCUGAGAGCAGAAAGCACGACAACCUCCCGAGCCCUGGGUUCCUGGCAGAACGCAGGCCGCCUCGAGCACCCGGGGCUCCGCAGCCUGCGGGGUCUAUGGGCGGCCACCCUGCUCACGUCUCUGGCCGCAUCGCCACAGGGCCGGCAGCAGCACCUGCUCUUCAGCCCCUUCCUCCAUGCCAUUCCUCUCUGCUCCUGAAGACCCCCUUUGAAGCCGUGGUGCUGGGAAUCACACACUGCAUUCACUUUGGUCCUUGCCUUUCCCAGAGGCGCCCUGAGCUUCUCCGGGCUCAGUGUCUUCAACAUAAUGUGAAAAAAGCACAAUUUGCCAUCACCCUCCCCGGUGAAACCACCCCCUACCCCCCUGCCCCAGAUCGCCACUACUUGAUCUGUGUUACUGCAAUAAUUAUGACUCUGCUCUGUGCUGUCUUCCCGGAUAAUAUUCAUGCUGUUUUCUUCCGCAGGCUAUAAUCCUGAAUGGUUUGUGCUGUUAGUAAGAAUCACACACUAAGGACCUUCAUGAAAAGCCCCUUCUCUUCUGAAGCCUGCUACACCCCUUUCAGUGUUAAAGGUCAGCCCCUCCGUUUCCCCUCCACCGUGAGGCCUUUGAAAUCAUCCAAGCAAAGGGCUUCUCUGUUUACCAGAUCUGAAACGCGACCGAAUUCAGGAGGAUUCCGGCAUGGGGUUCUCCCGUAGCAGCCCCCGCAAGGCCAGAUAAUGCCUCUUGUGCAGGUGUGAAAGUCACCACACACCUUUAGAAGAGGAGGCUGGGGGUGGGGUGCGGACAGGGUACCUGAUUACGCCAUAGCCACAGAGAUUUCCAGAAUGCACCCUCCUGAAAUAAUGUUCAUAGGAGACAGGGCUUCCCAAGAUGAUGCCCCAUUUCUCAGCGUCUGCCUUCAGUCAGGGGAGAGAUUUGCUCAGCGGCGAGUCCAUUAAAGAUGUCGGUGGAGCUAAAGUGGAGAUGCUCCUGUGAGUAGUUCAUG